AUGCAAUUCGCAAACGUACCAGCAAGUUGUCGACGCCGCGAUGUAUCUAUAAGUGACAUGAGCAACGAUGCAGCACUGACCGGUGACUUCCUCCAGGUUGAGUUUUUGGUGUCAAUUCCGAAUCAAUGUGGCGGCCUUAUUCGAAGUAAUUGUGCAACAGAGUCCUUCAGCAAAGUCACCAAUGCUUUGGGUAGUCUUGGUGUAUUCAAUGCAAUGAUCCAAAUCGAAGGGAGUGCACCAUUUGACUUACUGCUCGGAUUUUACUCAUUGACAACUCAAAUCACAACUUCUCCGUGCACAUCGAAUCCCUGUACCGCGAAUGGUGGUGGUGGUAUCUGCACUGCAACAGGUGGUGGAGCAGCUCACUACACAUGUGCAAAUUGUUUGUAUGGUCCACUAACGACUGAUGUACCAUGUGCCGCUUCUCCGUGCACAUCGAACCCCUGCACUGCAAAUGGUGGCGGUGGUACUUGCGGUGCAACAGGUGGUGGAACACAAGGCUACACAUGUACAAGUUGUACUUAUGGCCCUGCCGCGGCAAAUACAGCAUGUCCAGUUACUCCGUGCGCAUCGGGUCCCUGUGCAGCAAAUGGUGGCGGUGGUGGUACUUGCUCUGCAACGGGUGGUGGAGCAGCUCACUACACAUGCGCCAAUUGUUUGUAUGGUCCACCAACGACUGAUGUCCCAUGUGCAGCUACUCCAUGCGCAUCGGGUCCCUGCACUGCAAAUGGUGGUGGUGGUAUUUGCUCUGCAACAGGUGGCGGAUCAGCAGGCUAUACAUGCUCAAGUUGUACUUACGCAGCUGCAGCUGCCAAUACCGCAUGUCCAGCUUCUCCGUGCACAUCGAAUCCGUGCAAUCUGAAUGGUGGUGGCAUUUGCACUCCUAUAGCUGUAACACCACCAGGCUACACAUGCGCAAGUUGUGCGUAUGGUCCAGCGACGACCACCGGAAGUAAUCCAUGUGCACCGAGUCCAUGUACACCGAGCACCUGCACUGCAAAUGAUGCUCUAGCUACGUGCGCUCCAACGGCUGAUGGAACUGCAAACUAUCAAUGCACUUGUAGAUAUGGCAUUGUGGGCACAAAUAAAGCAUGUCCAGGUAACUGA